AGUGUACGCGAGAGCUGCCCUGCAUGGAUCCACGGUGGAGGGAUUUUUACGGUUCCGCGGGUGUCGUGCUCCGCCGAAGGCGACGCGUUGGGAAACAACUGCCCCGCUCGGUGCACGCUCACGUCGGCGCUCGUGCCAUGUCCGCGUGUCAGCGUGGAGAGAGGACCGCGCUCGCCCGCAGUCUGCGUUCGCCGAGGACGGAAACCGAUUCGAGGGCUCGCCGCGUCGCCGGAGCGGAGUAUUAUUAGCAGUUCAGACAGUGCAACUGUCGCUUUCUGAUCAUGAACUGCAGAUACACAAUAGUGACAGCAUCCUAAUUUCUAGUACAAGAACGCAAAGGAAUAUUCUUUAACAGAAAAUUGAGCGGCGCAAAAGAUAAACUCCUGGCUCCCAUGCUGGCUGCAAGAGAUCCUCCCCUGCACACCCUCAGCCAUGCCUGCUACUACCAAGCGCACCAGGAGACAGACACCUGCUCAGAGAAAAAAUGGCCAGAAGGGGAUCACCACCAAGAGGCAAACCUGUAACUCCAACAAACCCAGGGGAAGAGCCACUGAGAGGCCCAAGAAAACACCUGCAGAACCCAAAAGGUCAACAUCCAGGGUCCAGGCCCAGUCAGCCCAAAGCCCCCGUGGGAGACGGGCUAGUGGGCCCGCUAGUAAAGUCUCCGGGAGGGCCGACCGUACCGCAAAUGUAACGGGAUCUGCGAGGCUUAGGCGGCCGAGCAAUCUGCCCGACCACUCUGGCGAGUCACAGGAGCCCCCGGGGCGAAGGAAGUCCCUGCGUGGCACACAGGUGUCUGUUACUCCCUGCCAGCCUCCUAAACCGUGCAGGGGGAGGAGAAACAGCAGGAGGGUCGCGGGUAGACGAGCGCCGUCACAGCAAGGCAAAAAGAGAAACAAGCCCUCGAGCAUCGGUGACUCAACUCCCGAGGAGGAAAGUGUGAAUACCGACACCUGUGAUGCAAAAGAAAUACUCCCAGUCUCUCUAAAAAAUGAUUCUGAGGUUCCUUCGAGAAUCAAAGACCAGGGUCUAGGAGUCAACGCCAGAGAGGGAAGCCCUCAUGAAGCCGAUCGGCCACCGUGUAAAGACAACCUGCAAGACUGUGACGGUACCGAAACCCAGGGAGACAAAAACACCCUCAGUCCCGGCAGCAAAGGUGACCUGAGGUGUGUGAUUGGUGUGUGUGGCGAUGGGGAUGGACAGCAAAACCUCUGCAGUGACAGAAGUAAAGACUGUCCCUCCGUGCUAACGAGGGCCGGUUCACCGGAGGCGCAGGGCGGCUGCGAGGGUGAAGACGCUUCAUCUGUCCUUGGAAAUAAGCCAGAUCGUCCCUCCGGCGACGGAAAGCAAGAUGAUGGUGGGUGUGCUGUCCGUCAAGGGGAAGAUAACAGAGUGGAUCUAAAAGAAAAUAGGACAGAUGAAAGAGCGAUGGUCAUCGCUGACAGGAAAGAAAAGGAAAAUCUUGAGAGAGCAGAGAGUUAUGGGAAUGAGGAACCAGUUGAGGGACAGAAGGAGACUGUGGAUGAGAUGCAGGAGCUCGCUGAAAGUCUGUGUCAUUUUAAGACAGGAGAAAACAAAAAGGAGACUGAUUUAUACAUCGAUACUGCUGACUCCCAACCCAGCGCUGCAGCUUCUGAACCUCCAGAUCCUCCUCAAUCCAACCAGGGACUAACAGCACACUCAGAAUCACCUCAGCGUGGGAAGUCUGUCUCCAACACAGCUACCUCAAAUCCCACCGAAGCGCCCUCCUCCUCAGAGGCACUUGAGCCGGGGUUUCUGAUGCAACCGACCCUUCAUGGUGCUAAAUCUCAACUACCAGGCUCCCCGGUGGUCGACGAACCCGCCCUGGUGGUCCAGACCGUGCUGGUGAAAAGAAAUACGCCGGUUAUUUUCCGCAGUGACUCCCUCAAACCCGGGUGCUUGAAGUAUUCGAGCCGACUGCAAAGCGCCACGAUCCACCCUCCUCCCGGGGAGGAACGAGCAGAGACGCAGUCCAAAGACGGCGAAUCUAAUCGAGAGCCUUUGGGGCGCCAGAGACAGGAGGACACGCCACCCGUCCCUCCCUCCAGCGUGGACGCCCUCGCGGCUGAGACCAGACCAAACCUCGGCGGAGACGGCGUUGUGGUUGCCGAGGCGGAAUCGCUGCCAAAGAUCUCGAUCCCCUCCCUGGACAGCAGCUUCACCUUCUCCUGCAGCUCGGAGAGCACUCGAUCCUCCCUCUCUUUCGACACGGAGUCGGAGGCCGGGUAUGGAGAGUCCGGCCCCUGUCUGCCACCCGGAUCCUUUGGGCCAGAAGGGGCGUUCCCGCCCUCCUGGACCGGUCCCAGGCCCCAUAGGAAGGAGAAGAAGAAGCGGAGCAGGUGUGGGACAUGUGAGCCGUGCCAGAGGAAGGUCAGCUGUGGCCAGUGCAGUUGCUGCCUCAACCGCAGUACGGGCCACCAGAUCUGUAAGCUGAGGAAGUGCGUGGAGCUGAGGAGGAGGAGAACGUCAUUGCUGCUCGCUCUCUCUGCCCCACCGGUGGUUCCGGAAAGUGGGUCGGUAAAUGGCAAAGUUAAAGCACAGAUGGAUGACACCCACACGGCAGUGGAGGAAGAUGACGGGGAGGAAGGCCACAUACCUCAUACCCAAGCUCCCACCAUUACCCGCCCGCUCCCCCACGACCCGGCCAAGGACCAAGGGGUGCGGCUGGCCAUUGUGAAAAGAGAACUCGGACUGGAUUUUACCAGCGGUGCACUUCACCAACACAUGUGCUCCCCUCUGACUUUUCAGAACGGUGCCGCUGAGAAUCCGACAAAACCCAACGGUGCUAAUUUGACCACCGGGUCACAUUCUGACCUGAAGUCGGCAUAUAAAAGAACGAUUGCAUCAGAGCCUCAAAGGAGUAUAAUCGCUGCAUUCUCCAGAGACUGCCCUGAGAAUGGACCCAAGACUCCUCCAGACGGCACGUCGGUUCCACUGAAGAAGAUCAAACUGGAGGAGCCGUGGAUGUGGAUCACCGAACAGGCCACCGCACAGCUGAGUGAUGAAGAUGAGGUCUGCGAAGACCCGUUGUCCACAUUGGCGGCCGUGGGGUGUCUCUCUGUCACAGAAAGGAAGGGACUGGAGGAGAAACUUUUCAGCUCGCGUUCUUCCAUUCUGUGCUCCGUCAAAACAGAACCACCAGAUUUGUACUUUAUCAAAAAAGAGCCUGAGGACUUAAAGAAUGACUUGUGUCACAAAAGCUCGCCUGUUAGCCUCCAAAGGACUCCCCUGCCUUUAAAAAAUGAUCUUCCUCCACGUGUUUUGCAACAAAGCGUGCAGUCCUUGGCAGAGAGAAGAAAUCUUAGUUUUGAUCAGGCUAUUGCUAUUGAAGCCUUGACUCAACUGGCAGCUGUACCUCAGAGCACCCCGGGGUGCAUUAAAGUUGAAAGUAAGUGUGAACAUCCCAUUUCCACUGCGGCCCCAUUUUCAACUUACAUUACAAAUACAAGCCUGCAAGAAGCCAAACCCACAGCGGCCAUCCUGUACAACAAAGUCUCAGUCAUCAGCUCACCGCGUCACCAGACGUCAGUCAUACGCCCCCCUGUGGCCAGACAAGGGAAUGUCAUCCAGCGCGCCCAGGGGUCAAGCUCUGACACAAAGCUGUCUCUGCAGGACCUCUUAGAAGCCAGCUCAAACAGUGAUAAAGAGUCCAGCAGGAGGACAGAGACGGGCUUAAGUCCUAGCGCUAUCAAGUCUGAAUGCAGCCAUAAAUACCCCAGUGACAUGAAGUUUGAUAGAGAUCAUGAGCGCUUGUUUGGGGAGGACAGAGACAGGGUUCUUGGCAAGGCGAGGAGAAACAGAGAGGAAGAGGAGGUGGCCGCUCAGCUGGCCGACUUGGCCUUCAUCAUCCAGUCUCGACACAACCAGCAGUCGGAGAACAACCCUCCAAAAGGAACCCCUGUGUCGGCCAUCAAGUACAACUACAACUCCCAGCUUCCCCCCAGUCAGAAAAAGACCCCCGCGAAAAAAGCAAGGGCAACGCCCGCCAAGCCCAGGAAGAAGAAAAGUGACGGACCUAAUGAGGGCAUCAGGACCCCCCUCUCAAAACGCACACCAAAUGGAGAGGCGGCCCAGAGGAGCAGAGGCCAGAAGGUCCAACCGCAGGGUAAAUCCGGCCUGCACCCCAAGAGGAGCCUGUUUCUGCCCCAAGCUCAAAUUGACCUGAAGAGAUACUUGUCUGAGGCUCAGGAGGAAAGGAGACCGCUCACCCAUCCCGGUGAGGCACACGGCGCGGCCCUCUUGGGACCGCAGAACCACAGCACCCUCACAGGCGCCGACCACGCUGUCGGUCACGAACACCAUCCGUGGUCCCUUUCAAACGGCCACGCUGCCGGACAGGGGCAGGGAUGUGCACGGCAUUUGUUAACUCAGGUAGCGCAUCCCUUCGGCGCCGACCCCAACACCCGCCCGCCCGAUACCGCUCUCCCCGGCCACACUAACGGCUUCUCGAGGGCUCAGCAGUCCCCUCCUCCGAGCCAGCAGGGCUACUACAAGCUGGAGAGGACCGGACCGGUCACCGUGCUGUCCACUGCUACGGAUGGGGAUCUGGGCCGCUCUGCAGAAUCCACUCCGGUCAAGAACGGCGUCAACGGCUUUCUGGAGUCUCCUAUGAGUUUCAUGGAUACCCCGAUCAAGAACUUGCUCAACACGCCUUCCAAAAAACUGGCUGAUCUUCCAUCCUGUCAGUGUGUGGACCAGAUCAUUGAAAAGGAGGAAGGCCCUUACUAUACCCAUCUUGGAGCGGGACCCAAUGUUCCUGCAGUGAGGGAAAUGAUGGAGAACAGAUAUGGUGCCAAAGGAAAUGCAGUGAGGGUGGAAGUUGUUAUUUACACUGGGAAAGAAGGAAGGAGUUCCCAGGGGUGUCCGAUAGCUAAAUGGGUGGUCCGGCGUGGCAGUGAGCAGGAGAAGCUGCUGUGUUUGGUCCGCCGCAGGCCCGGGCACCACUGCGACACGGCCGUGUUGGUGAUCCUCAUCCUGGCGUGGGAAGGAAUCCCUCGACCGGUGGCGGACAACCUCUACCAGGAACUCACCCAGACCCUCUUCAAACGCGGCUCGCCCACGAGCCGUCGCUGCGCCCUCAAUGAAGAUCGAACGUGUGCAUGCCAGGGUUUGGACCAAGACACCUGCGGAGCUUCAUUUUCCUUUGGGUGCUCCUGGAGCAUGUACUUCAAUGGCUGUAAGUUUGCCCGCAGCAAAGUGCCCCGCAAGUUCCGCCUUCAUGGAGACUACCGCGAGGAGGAGGAGAAGAUAGAGGGAAACCUUCAGAGUCUGGCCACUGACCUCGCACCACUGUACAAAAGACUGGCCCCCGAGGCCUUCCAAAAUCAGGUGGAGAACGAGGCAGCAGGGGCCGACUGCCGGCUGGGUGUGAGGGAGGGACGUCCUUUUUCGGGUGUUACAGCCUGUGUGGAUUUCUGUGCCCACGCUCACAAGGACACGCACAACAUGAACAACGGCAGCACCGUGGUUUGCACUCUGACCAAGGAAGAUAACCGCGCAGUGCGUAACAUACCGGAAGAUGAGCAGCUCCAUGUUCUGCCACUUUACAAGAUCGCGGACAGGGAUGAGUUUGGUCAGGUUGAGGGCCAGUGGGCCAAGAUACGAAGUGGUGCUCUUCAAGUCCUGUCGGCUUUUCCCCGAGAGGUGCGUCUACUGGCUGAGCCAGUGAAAUCUGCCCGGAGGAUAAGGCAAGAAGCUCGUCUGAAGGCUCAAGCAGAUAAACUGGAGAAGAAGCUUGGGCUGACUCCUCUCACUCCGGGGAAAGUGAAAAAAGAAACCCCUAAAAAAGAACCACAGGGCCUCUACGGCUCGUACAGACUACCACCCAGACCUGCCAGCACUGGACAGUACCCAGCGGAGGGGAAUCCAACCAGCACUUACAACCAGAGCACCAGCAACUACCCCACUCUGGGUGCAGAGGUCACCCCACAGAAGAAGGUCACUACCCCAAAUCACCACGGCCGGCCUGACUUCCAGUCGGGACAGAAUGGCUCCGCUCUUAAUUAUAAGACAGUGAGUGGCGGCAUGGAUGGUUAUUCUCCAACAUCUGGUGACCAGAGGGCUCGCAUACCUCCACACGAUGCCCUUACUGACUACCCCCACACUUUUAAAACGGAGCCCCACGAGGUGCACUGCUCUCCUCUUCUCAGACCCUCCCCCGGCGGGAGCGCUCCUCCCCCCCACACCUCCUUCUCCCCCAGACCGACCUCUGAGGGCCUCUUCAGUAGGCUUAACGGAAUCCACAGGCCUACAGAGGGGGCCGCGCCAGAGGUCGGGGGUCGUGGCUUUCCUCCGCUCUCGUCGCUACACCUUCCCCCACACUCUCCCUCGCUUGAGCCGGAGGAAGUCAAGCAGGAAGAGGUUUGGUCAGACAGCGAGCACAACUUCCUGGACCGCAAUAUAGGCGGAGUCGCUGUGGCCCCGUCACACGGCUCCGUCCUGAUAGAGUGUGCACGCAGGGAGCUGCACGCCACCACCCCCAUCCUCAGGCCGAACCGCAGCCACCCCACGCGCAUCUCCCUGGUCUUCUACCAGCACAAGUCCCUCAAUGAACCAGGCCACGGGAUGGCCAUGUGGGAUGCCAAAAUGGCCAAGCGGGAGCGGGAGCGGGAGGAGGAGGCCGAGAGAUUGAGGAUGGAGGAAUGCAUGGGCAAAUGCGUGGGGAACACGGAGUUGCAGAGUGAAGCAGGGGAGGAGGCCGAGGGGACGAGGAGGGUCAUGAAUGUCCCCACGCGUCAAGCGCGGACUCUCCAGAGGGACGGUGUCGUCACCGUGUCCCCAUAUGCUCUUACCCAGGUGACGGGCCCCUACAAUCGCUGGACUUAACGUGUUUUACACACACAGACACAGAAAACUCCUACAUUCUUUGCUUCUGCCUUACCUCAAUCAACUUUUAACUGCUACUCUCAUUUUUACCUAGUUUUCAUUGUGCUUUUUUAGCAUCUGUUUGUUGACUUUGCCCUUCUUCCUCUCUGCUUUCAAAGUGGUGAGGAAGACCAAAGUAUGUUGGCUUUUUUACUGUGAGUUUCUGUGAUAUUAUUGUAAAGAGAUGGUGCUUCGAAGCGUUUUUUAAAAUGUUUUUAAUCUGGUUUUAUAUACACGAUUAAGUACAGAAAAAGUGAUUAUUUAUUCUGAUCAUAACAAUUUCUAUUUAAUUCCCAGUGUAAGCCUGUUUACUGCAAAAUGUGCAUGAUAAAAUGCAUCAUGUGCUGAUGUUUUCUGUUGUACAUUAGGAAUAUGCUCUUUAUUUCAGCCAAUAAUUUGCUGUUAAUUAUGAGAUAUGAAUCUUGUUGGCUUAUAUGUUGGUGCCAUUCUCCCUGUUAACUCUCUGUUCAUCAUUACAUCACAUAAUGUAGAAAGCAGGACUAAUAUUGUGCGUAUAUUUACUACAGAUUUUCAGAUGUAGCAUUUCUUCAUUAUUUUCUUCUGCCUCCAGAUGCAGCCCUUCUGGCAGCCCAUGAAAGAACCACACUUCCUUGUUUUGUUUUAAUUUCUCUAUGUCCUGAUGGUUUGUCUUUUAUUCACAGAUACGAAUGGCAUAUUACACCAAGAAGCACUUUUUUAUUUUCUUAAACUUAACUUGAAAAAGGUCUCAAUCCAUAGGCCUGAUUAUGUAUAUACAGAUAGAGAUAUACAGUAUAAGACAAUUUAGCAUGAACCCUUGUUUAUUUUUACGGUAUUUCCGUGUUUAUUUUCAUCCAUUUGAUCUCAUGAAAUUCAAAAUGUAACGUAACGAGGAAUCAUGAAAUGUUUCAACAAUGAAGUCUAGUGUCUUCUGGAAACAUCAUUUUUAAAUUCUUGCAUUGGGCACAAGUGGGAUUAUAGGAUUUCAAAAAACGUUAUGGUGCUAACAAGACCUCCAUAUUUUACAUAAAUAACAAUGUGUCGGACUUUGAAAUAUAAGAAUAUAAGCGGACACAAUUUUGUGUCUAAUAUUGAAUAAUCAAACUAUUUCUUAUUUGUACUCUGCACUGCUUUUGUUGGAAAACCAUUCAAACAUCAAAUCCCUCUCAAACAAUUGCCUAAGACGAUUUUGGGUGCUCAAAACUUGUGAAGACUUUGUUUACAGAUAAUAGAUUUGUAUUUACAUGGCCUAAAUGAUGAGGUUUGUCUCAACUCCUGGUUUACCGGGAUCUGUAUCUGUUAUUACCCAUCAAAGACAGGCUCUGUAUUUUAAAACCCCAUCAAAUGAAUUCAUCCCCACCGACACCACUGAUAUCCACACUAACACUGGUGGAAUAAUGUAUCUGUGAUGUACUUAAUGUUCUUUCAGACACUUUUUCUUGGUGCUAACAGGACAAGAAGUCAAGGUACAUGCAUUGACUUGACCGGGUUAUUUACUGUAGAGUGAUGGCAUGGUGCUUUAAUAAAACUCACACACUGAUAUAUGUUUGGUGCAACAGUAGGGUAACCAUUUCUGUGGAUGAUUACUGGCUGAGAUGCUUUUGGAAUCUCACACUAUUGAUCAUGAGGUUUUAGUACCAGUAAAAAGUGAAUUAUUGUGCAGAUGUCCAUCUAGAGUUCAAAUAAAUGUCUUCCACAGUUAACCAAACUGUAACAUAUAUCAAAACACACAUCAUGCUCACAAAAUGAAAUGAAUGUAAACUGCUUUUAAAUCAUUUGAUUUAUAAACAACAUUUUUAAACACGAGACAUGACACAAUUACAGUUUUAAACAUGUCCUUUGAUUUACUGUGGUGGACGUUCUCAGUCCGCACUGAAAGUCUUUGUAUCAAUGAGUAUCUAAGAACUAGCACCAGCAUAUAAAAAAAUUAAAAUAAAAAAAAACUUUUACUAGUAGAAAAUGUGUAAAUAUGAAUGUGAACCAUGUUGUUUUUACUGUAUUGUUAAUGGUGUUUAGACAAUGGAUGAUCUUGCUUAUUUUGAAACAGAAUUACUGUAUGCUCAAAGUAUAUCCAGUUUAGACUUUAGAAGAGACUAAAUUUAGCAUUACUUAUGUGGUUGGCUAAUCUCUUUUUGGGAUUGUGAAAUAAAGUCAUAUUUAUAUUUUGGACCUGAA